AACGAAGUCAGAAAUACAGUCUAACUCACAGUGAAGUCAAAAGAGUCUCUCUCUCUUGCCUGGUUCCUUCUGUGGAUUUUCCUCAUUUCUGAUAGAGCGAUUUGCGCACAGGCGGCGACAUGAGGAGGUCUGUUCCUCCAUCCCAGCUGUGUGCCUUGCAGCGGGCGCCGGAGCAGGUUCGAAAUAUUUGUAUUCUAGCCCACGUUGAUCACGGAAAGACUACUCUAGCUGACUCUUUGGUCGCCAGCAAUGGAGUCAUAUCGGCAAGGAUGGCGGGAAAGCUGCGUUACAUGGACAGCCGUGAGGAUGAGCAGCUGAGAGGAAUCACCAUGAAGUCCAGUGCCAUUGCACUGCUAUUUGAGAAAGCCCAGAAGGAGUACCUGAUCAACCUUGUGGAUUCACCGGGCCAUGUGGACUUCUCCAGUGAGGUUUCAACGGCUGUACGCGCCUGCGAUGGUGCCAUUGUGCUGGUGGAUGCGGUGGAGGGCGUCUGCCCACAGACACAUGUCGUUCUGCGGCAAGCGUGGCGUGAGGGAGUCAAGCCGGUUCUGGUUAUCAACAAGAUCGACCGCCUCAUCAGCGAGCUGCAGAUGACGCCGACCGAAGCACACUUGCACCUGUCACAAGUUCUUGAGCAGGUGAAUGCGGUCACCGGCAGUCUGUUCGCUACCGAGGUGAUGGAGACAGCAGAGCGUGAGGCGGAGGAGGCUGGAGAUGAUUCAGCCACUCCUAGCAAUGGCAGCAAAGAGAAAACCUUUGAGGACUGGGAACUUGGAUUCGACAAGAAAGAUGAAGAUGCGCUCUACUUCUGUCCGGACAAGGGAAACGUUGUGUUUGCCAGUGCAGUUGACGGCUGGGGAUUUCGGGUAUGUGACUUUGCCAGUCUCUAUGCCAGUAAGCUGGGUAUCAGCGAGAAGAUUCUACGAAUGACACUUUGGGGCGACUACUACUUGAACAUGAAGUCGAGAAGAAUCCUGAAAGGGGCUCAGGCCAAGGGCAAGAAGCCGCUGUUUGUUCAGUUCAUCCUGGAUAACAUGUGGGCGGUCUACGAAGCCAUCAGCAAUCGGGACAGCGAGAAGAUCGCCAAGAUCACCAAGUCCAUGAACCUGACGCUGGCAGCGCGUGACCUGCGCAGUGCCGAUCCCAGGGUGCUGAUGACGGCAGUGUGUGGCCAGUGGCUACCGUUGGCUAAUUGUCUGCUUGGCAUGGUCGUUGAGCAUCUCCCGUCGCCGCUGGAUAUGACUGCACAGCGUGCUGAGAACUUGCUCUGCGGCGGACAGCGCGCCCUGGGAUCCUACCCGCCGUGCACCCGGGCACUCAAAGACGAUCUACUAUCCUGCUCAUCGUCAGAGCAGGCGCCCGUGAUUGCGUUUGUCUCCAAGAUGUUCUCAGUGAAGAAGUCCGACCUGGCACACAACAAGACUAGUGUGACGACAGCCCGGCCAAUGCCCACCAUGGCCGUCAGUGCCGAGGAGAUCGCCGCCAGGAGGCAGCAGGCCAAGCUGAUGUCGCAGCAACGCACCGCCGGCAACACCACCACCGACGGCUCUGCUGACAAUGCAGCUGUGGCCACAACUGGAGAGCCAUCUCCAGGUGCCAACACCCAGCAGCCAUCCCAGCCACCCUCACAACAGCCAGCGCAACAGCCCACUAGUACUAGUGCCACCUGCCAUCCACUGCCUGCCCAAGACAACAAUGGUAGCAAAGAGCAAGACGAGGAAACCACUGUGCUGUUAGCGUUUACACGCGUCUUUAGCGGCACGUUGACGACGGAUCGCAAACUGUUUGUUCUUCGCUCUCGCCAUGAUCCGGAUGAGCUCUACCGCGAUAGCAACGGAAGUUGUAGUUCAGCCAGAGAUGAUCCUGAGGCGCAUCCGGAGCUGGAUGAUGAUGCUGCCAUCGUGGCCUGUCAGCCUCGAGCUCUCUAUCUGCUAAUGGGCCGUGACCUGGUGGAGAUCGACCAUGCUCCUGCCGGCUGUGUGGUCGGUAUUGCCGGACUUGAUCAACAGAUCUUGCGCCACGGCACGAUUUCGUCGACGACAGCGCUGCCACCGCUCGCCGCCAUGGAGUUUCCCACGUCGGCCGUGCUCCGCGUGGCCCUCGAACCCGGCUCGGCCACCAUGAUGAGCCUGAUGCUGCGCGGCCUGCGGCGAUUGCGCGCGGCCGACCCGGCCGUGGAGUACUGCAUGGAGUCAUCGGGAGAGUGCGUACUUAGCACGGCCGGCGAGGUGCACCUCGAGCGUUGCCUGGACGACCUGAAGGCAAUCUACGCGCCGGGCUUGCAGGUGUCGGCGUCCGAUCCGAUCGUGCCGUUCCGUGAGACGGUGGUUCCGGCGCCGGAAGUGGACAUGGUCAACGAGAGCAUUGACAAGGACGGCGCUGCACGGACGGCGCCGGCACAGACAACCACGACGUCAUACGCUGGACAACAGCAGGAUGACGGUGACGGUGCCGCCGAGGGUGGCGAUGCCGGCGGUGACGUCAUCGUCGUGGAGCAGUACACGGCCGACCAUUCGGUGGUGCUGCGCGUGCGGGCCUUGCCGCUGCCCGACGACAUCACCGCUCACCUGGAGAAGCACGCGCACUUGCUGCGCGCGUUUGCGCUGCUGACGGCAAGUGCCAUAUCGUCGUCUACGACGACGGAGUCCACCGCUCACCAGCGCGCUAGUCUUAGGAGCGCCACAAUCGCGGAGC